AUGAACUACGCCGACGAACCCAGCCAGGCAUCCUCGCGGGCAUCCCUCGAUCCUGAUCCCAAUUCCUUCAUGGGCCCGGACGAAAUGACAUCGCCCAGCCCUAUUCGCCCAUCUGGCUACAGACCCGACUACAUGACUGUCGGCACUGGGUCACAACCGUCUCACGCUGCAGCUCUUAUGGAACAACUAGAACGAGACUCCGGCUAUGGCAGCAUGGCAAGCGACGUACAACAAUCCGGUGGCGAGAUGCGCGCAUGGGAGGACGAACUUCUCAGAGACAGACCGACGCCUGUACAUACUCCUCAAAUCAGCGGACAACCUACAAGAAUGUCAGAAACAGAGAAGCGAUCCCUCGCCAGUCAUGUGCAUCAACUCUAUUACAAUCAAAACCGCGUCGCCCUUGCAAAAGCAAUCUCGCAAACCGUUGAACUGCUGAAACAGUUACAGGAGAUGAAUACCCAAUGGCCCGCGCACUAUCCUUACGUCCAGAAAGAAGAGAAAGAGAAGGAGUUGGCUAGACCAGUCCUGCGAGAAGCCAAGUCGACAAGAGAAGCGACAGAUCUAUCACGGCAAGUAUUUCUCAAAAAGGCAGUACAAGAUCGGCCAGGAGCCUUGAGAAGAGCGGGAACUUCAGUGGGAGAAGAUACGACAGGAGAGUCAAGUUCGCAGGCACAACACAGGCGGACGCCUGAACCACGACUCAUCACGCCACAAAUCGCUCAAGAGUUUUCCAUUUUAAAACUCGACCUCAAAGUCGGCGCGUUGUCUCAAACAGAACUCGUUCAUUCUCUGGAGAAGAAGUCAAUUGCGUCACUACUGGAUGGCAAAAUAAGCCAGAGUGUCCGGCACUUACUGGCCCUCCGAGAUCGAAUAGAGGAUACCUCAAGCAAAGUCCUGGUUACUGGUGAUCUCAAUGCUGGAAAAUCGACCUUCUGCAACGCCCUCCUACGCCGGAAGAUUCUGCCUGAAGAUCAACAACCUUGUACCAGUAUUUUCUGUGAGGUGCUGGAUGCGAAAGAGAAUGGUGGCGUCGAAGAGGUUCAUGCUGUUCACAAAGAUUCGGUGUACGAUCGAAACGAUGAAAGCACCUACGACUCAUAUUCAUUGCAAGACCUAGAGAAGAUUGUCGUUGACAACGACCGUUACAUGCAAUGCAAGGUCUACGUCAAGGAUAUCAGAACGAUCGACCAAUCCUUACUGAACAACGGCGUUGUCGACAUAGCUCUAAUUGAUGCACCCGGCUUGAAUUCGGACUCGGUUAAGACCACAGCUGUGUUUGCCCGACAAGAAGAAAUUGACGUGGUUGUUUUCGUGGUUUCAGCAGCAAAUCAUUUCACUCUCUCCGCCAAGGAAUUCAUCUGGCAAGCUGCGCAUGAGAAAGCUUACAUCUUCAUGGUGGUCAAUGGGUUUGACAACAUCCGUGACAAGCAACGAUGCCAGAAGAUGAUUCUGGACCAAUUAGCUAAACUAAGCCCCCAGACAUUGAAAGAGGCCCAGGAAUUGGUCCAUUUCGUAUCUAGCAAUGCCAUUCCUAUGGUGCCUUCGUUACUUACCAGCGGAGCCGACGGCGGUGGAAGUGGAGGUGGAGGUGGAUCAGGCCCUCCUGGGGAUGAUGAUGAUGAUGGUGGUGGUGGUGGAUCAGACAAGGGAAAAGGGAAAGACAAGGAGAAGAUUCGAGAUUUCGAAGUCCUAGAGAGUGCGCUCCGAAGAUUCGUCUUGGAAAAGAGAGCACGCUCGAAGCUCGCACCCGCAAAGACCUAUCUCAUGAACUGCCUAGGCGACAUGAAUGUCCUCGCUACCGUGAACCGCGACGUUGCACAAUCCGAACUUGACAGGGUAUCGAAAGAGCUUUCGGAGAUCGAACCCGAAUUUGAAGACAAGCAGAAACAGCGUGUCGCCGUUUCGGAACAAGUCGAGAAAGGAAUCGACUCUACAUCUACCGAGGUGUACAACCACACACGAUCAACUCUUACCAGCACUAUUGCAAACGUAGGCAAAGAAGACCACGGCAUCGAAUACCCUGGCAUACUCUCAGCAUUCCAAUACGCAGAAGACCUCCGCAUUGCCAUGCUAGAUCAGAUCUCCAUGGCAGUCGCCAGUUGCGAGAACUAUGGGCGGGCGACAACUGUGCAGGGCGUCAACAACAUCAAAUCACUUGGUUUGUUGCAUGUGGGAGAUAGCUAUGAGAAUCUCAACUUCGCGGCGGACAAGAUGUUUCAACGACGGAAAGACGCGUUGGUACGGUCUGUGGAUACGGAUGUGAAUAUAUGGGAUUUCUUCGACAUUGCUGGGAUGUGGGAGCGACAGGAGAAGACGGUAGGUACAGGACUUGCGCUGACUGUUGCUGGGACACUGGGUACCAGGGCAGUUGGCGGUGUUGGUUGGAUCGAUGGAGCAUUUGGUGCGGCCAAAAUUCUUGGGAGCCGGAAUCUCAGGAGGUUGAUCGUACCAGGCGCUGUUGCUGCUGCUAUAUUGGCAGUGGCCUACAUUCUCUCAACCAUCCCACAAAGCCUUCCACCACGUCUCGCACAAAAACUCUCGGCCACACUCGCCCAAAUGGACUACACGCACAGUAACGCUCACCGAAUCGCCUCUGAAGUUCGUCGCGUCCUCCGAUACCCGGCCCAGCAAUUGACAGCCGACCUUGCCCAGAACGUGGAAGAACUAAGACAGAGGAAAGAAGACGUUACGAAGACAAUGAAGGAGAGUGAGGUUGCGAGGAAGUACUUUGGAAACCUCGUGCGGGACAGUGAGGAGGCGAGGAGGCGAGUAGUAGGAAUUGAUCUGGAGGGAGGGCCUCCUGGAUCAGUGGGUGGUUAUGCCCUAUGA